AUGGAAUAUGUGUUGGAUCCGCACAAGCAUUACGAGCACACCGACUUCGCCGUGGUUGUGGAUUAUCAAAACGUGGCCAUGUCCUAUGGGAAGAACAAAAGGUUCAUCUGCAAGGGAAUCGAGCUUUGCAUCGAUUACUGGGAGACCAAAGGCUUCACUGUCGUGGGCUUUGUGCCUCGCUAUAUUCUGCAGGAUAACGUUUCGAAGAACCCGGAUCCAGCCAAGAUCCCGGAUGACCGAAAAUAUCUUCAACGAUUGUGGGAUGAUGGGCAUAUCUUCCAGUGCCCACCGCAGGAUUACGAUGAUUCCUAUGCGAUCGAGUAUUUGAAAAGGAAGCCGUCGGUGAUCGUGUCGAACGAUCUGUUCCGCGAUCACAUGCAAAGUUGUUCACAGCAAGAGAAGGAGUUCAUCAAAGCCCACCUCAUUUCGUAUACGUGGGCGGGAGAUGAUUUCAUGCCAAAUCCCCAGUUCGAUUGGGACAAUAUGAUUCGAGCGAGCUACAGGUAG